CCCGCCCACCUGAGUGCUGGCUAACGGUCACUCCCGUUACUGUUUAAAUCUCAGCCUGGAGCUCGAGCUGCUGAAUGUUUACAGAUUAUUUACAGGUAAUUUACAGAUUAUUUACUGAUUAUUUAUUCUCUCAGGAUCAUUUAACUGCUUUAAACACGGUUAAAAAGUGUAAAAAUAGCUGCUGAAGUCGAACAGCGGCGUGGAAUCGGUGAUAAAAGCGGAGCCGGGCUGAAUUUUGGGCCAUAAACAGAAGAAAUGAGAUGAGUGGACGGACAUGAAGUUCAGCUGAAGUUUGUGUGAAGAAUCCAGAAAGUUCUCCAGAACUCAUCAUCAUCUACACCGAGUCUUAUGGAUCCUUCUGAUGUCUGAAGUCCGAGUGAUGUUCAAACAUGUCCAGAAGCGGGAUUAAACCGAGCCACUGGAGCAGCCGGGUCCAGGAGCGAGUGUUGAUCCGGGAUCAGAGCGGGGAGCUCGGCGUGGAUGUGAGAGGAGGCGCUGAGGUCGGACUGUUCCCCCUGGUCGGGGCUGUAAGAGGGGAACAGUCCCGGGAGGAGAACGUUCUCCUGGAGGUGAAUGACACUCCUGUAGCGGGACUGACCACCAGAGAUGUGAUGGCUGUGCUGAAACACUGCAAAGAACCGAUCCACCUCAAGUGGGUCGAACCAGGAGGCCUUGUGGAUAAGGAUCUCAGGCGCUACCUCAGCUUACGCUUCCAGAAAGGAUCUCUGGACCACGAGCUGCAGCAAGUCAUCCGUGAUAACCUCUACCUCCGCACCUUACCCUGCACCACCAGGCAGCCUAAAGAGGGCGAGGUACCCGGGGUGGACUACAGCUUUGUGAGCGUCCAGCGUUUUAUGGAACUGGAGCAGAGCGGCGCACUGCUGGAGAGCGGAACCUACGAAAAUCAUUACUAUGGCACGCCCAAACCCCCGGCGGACGGCGGCGCCCCGCUGCUGAACGGCGAGUCUCUGGUGCCCGGCCUCGUCCCGAUCGCAGGCGCCAAGCGCAGGCGCAACAGGUCGGUCAGCGACAUGGAGAAGGCGGGGAUCGAGCCACCCGAGGACGAGGAGGAGGAGAGACCUGUCGUCAACGGCAACGGGGUCGACACAGAAUUCGGUGACCCAGAGGACAAGAGCGAGACAGGCGAGACGCCCCCUGCAGACGGAGGAGCUACAGAGGAGACGGACGGGACAGAAGAGACCACGCCCCCGGAACACCUGAAAGAAGAUCCGAACGAGGAGAAGCUCGGCCCGCUGCCCGACCACUGGGAGAUCGCCUACACCGAGAAGGGCGAGAUCUACUACAUCGAUCACAACACCAAGACCACGUCCUGGCUGGACCCGCGGCUGGCUAAGAAAGCUAAACCUCCGGAAGAAUGCGGCGAGGACGAGCUCCCGUACGGUUGGGAGAAGAUCAAUGAUCCUGUUUACGGCAGCUACUACGUCGAUCACAUUAACAGGAGAACUCAGUUCGAGAACCCGGUUCAAGAGGCCAAGAGGAGAAUGCAGCUUCAGCAGCAGAUGCAAAGUCAGGGUCUCUCCUCUCUCCCCCUGCCGGCUCUAUACAGAGAGAAGGCUCUGUUCACCCGAGACCCCACCCAGCUGAAGGGCCGGUUCCUCUCCACCUCACUCCAGAAGAGCACCAUGGGAUUCGGCUUCACCAUCAUCGGCGGCGACGAGCCAGACGAGUUCCUGCAGGUCAAGAGCGUGAUUCCGGACGGGCCUGCUGCACAGGACGGCAAGAUGGCUACAGGCGACGUGAUCGUGUACAUAAACGACGUCUGCGUCCUCGGCACCACCCACGCCGACGUAGUCAAGCUGUUCCAGUCGGUUCCCAUCGGGCAGAGCGUGACGCUGGCGCUCUGCCGAGGUUACCCCUUACCCUACGACGCCGAGGAAUCCGGAAACGCCCUGCUCGGCCCUCUGGGCCCCCUGCUGCUCAACGGGCGCGGCUGCGCCGCCUACGACACCUACAUGGAGUACCUGAGCCGCACCGCGCACUUCAUGGACGACGGCGUGUCCGUAGCGUCGUCGGGGGCAGAGCUCAUCGCCGUGACCAUAGCCAAGGGCGCGGACGGAUUCGGGUUCACCGUGGCGGACAGCGACGGAGGGCAGCGGGUGAAGCAGGUGCUGGAGCCUCAGCGAUGCCCGAGUCUGUGUGAGGGAGACCUGAUCGUGGAGAUCAACCAGCGGCCGGCGCUCACGCUCUCACACUCCCACGUGGUGGACCUGCUGAAGGAGUGCGCCGUGGGGGCGGAGGCUACGCUGCUCGUACAGAGAGAGAGAGAGCCAGGCCUGCCUCGACCCGUGUACCCAGCAGACCCCUCGGCCGAGUACCAGGAGGUGGAGGUGACGCUGCACAGAGAGAAAUCCGGGUUCGGGUUCAGGAUCCUGGGAGGAGAGGAAGCGGGACAACCUAUCCUGAUCGGAGCGAUCGUGGAGAACAGCCCGGCCGAUAAGGACGGCCGGCUCCGCCCCGGAGACGAGCUGACGUCGGUGGAGGGCAUCGCCGUGGCGGGUAAACCUCACCGCUACGUCAUCGACCUGAUGCACACGGCCGCGCGGACCGGCCACGUCAAACUGACCGUCCGCAGGAGAGCGACGCCCGCAGGCGAGCUGUGCCCUCAGAACGGGCGGAGUCCCUGCUCCCUCUCCACCCAGCACAGUUCUCCCAGGAGCGACUUCAACUCCGGAAACUUCGCCAACUCCGCCCCCAGUGCCACGCCCUCCCAGCCGCCGGAGGCCGCCGCCGGUCAGGCCAGUGACAUCAUCAUCCAGCGCAAAGAGAGCGAGGGGUUCGGCUUCGUCAUCAUCAGCUCACUGAGCAAACCGGAAACGACAGCUAGUGCGGCCGUGCCUCAUAAGAUCGGGCGGAUCAUCGAGGGCAGCCCGGCCGAGCGCAGCGGGAAGCUGAAGGUCGGGGAUCGGAUCCUGGCCGUGAACAACCAGUCCAUCGUUAGCAUGGCACACGGCGACAUCGUCAAGCUGAUCAAAGACGCGGGACUGAGCGUCACGCUGCGCGUCCUUCCUCACGACGACACGAGCAGCACGCCCUCUGCUGCCAGCUCAGAGAAGCACAGUCCCCUCGCCCAGCCGAGUCCGGUGACCCAAAAUAAGCAGCCCGAGCCCGGCACGCCCCCCAGCGUGCAUCUACACAACCAAACCCAGCCCAGCCCCGCCAAUCACAGCAGUCCAGCCAAUCGGAUGAGCUCUGAGACCCAGCAGGGCCAGCCCCCCCCGCCCGGGGCCGCUCCUGUGCCGGCGUACCCACACGAUGGCAGUUACAGGUCAGAGGUCAAAGCUCGACAGGACGUGAAGCCUGAUAUUCGGCAGCCGCCGUUCACCGAUUACCGCCAACCACCCGUGGAUUACCGGCACCCACCUGUAGUGGAUUACACACACCCGGCGGUGCUGGAUUACACCCGACUAACUACCACUGAUCCACGAGGUUUUACUGUCACCGACUACAGAGCAGCACAGAAUUUUGAUUUCUUCACGGUGGAGCUGGAGAAGAGCUCUAAGGGCUUCGGCUUCAGUAUACGAGGAGGACGGGAGUACAAGAUGGACCUGUUCAUUCUCAGAUUGGCUGAUGAUGGUCCGGCCGUCCGUAACGGAAGGAUGAGGGUCGGAGAUCAGAUCAUAGAGAUAAACGGUGAGAGCACACGGGAGAUGAACCACUCUCGCGCCAUCGAGCUCAUCAAAUCAGGUGGAAACAAAGUGAGGCUGCUGCUGAAGAGAGGAAGCGGUCAGGUACCCGAGUACGAUAGCCCCGCCCCCUGGGAUCCUCACCCUACAGCCUCCCCAAGCGUGUCGGAAGUAGCCCCCCCACCCGGGACCUUCACCGAUCCAUCGCAGUCACCUCACGAGAUCCCAUCUACGGACCCGGAACAGGAAGCCCCCGAGAGCCACCGCCAGGGUCUCAAAGGGGCCGAGAGGGCUGGGGUGGCGGGCAAGGGGCAGAGCAGGCACAGAGAGGGCAGCAGGACCAGGCGCCGGAGCUCCGGCGGGAACUCCAAGAAUCGCCCGGACGACGUCAGAGACGCCGAGCGCAAGUCCAAGAGCAGAUCCAAAGAGAGGAAACAGGGCAGAUCGCACGGAGACCCCGAGGUCAACGGAGAGGGCGUCGGAGUGCCCGAGCCGGAGAAGAAGACGGGCAGGAAGGCGACGGUGUCCCCCGGGCCGUGGAAAAUCCCCGGCUCGGAUAAACUCCCGAGCAGCCUGCGCUCGGCCUCCUCCACCAUCAGCAGAUAAACCGUCACGGAAGCUCUGAUUCCUUUCGAUUCGCUCUCGUUCACUCGCAUCCGGACCGAAGCGUUCGGCGCCCACGAUGUACCCACGAUCCCUCCGUCCACGCGCUCACAGACGGAGCAGCGUUUUAAUUUAUAUCUUACUCCUAAAUGAUUCUUUCCAGAGACACGACACCCUCCACCUUAAGAGCCGGAAGUAUCCUCUCAGAAAACAGAGACAUCGAUUCACACGUAGCGUCUCGCAGGGCUGGACGACAUGCCAAGAAUUAUCACCGUGCUAUUUUUAGAAUUCCCGGGCGUGGCGGGUCCAGUGCCACCCAGAAAAAUUAGGGUGCCAGUCCAUCGUGAGGCAAGACACUCUUUUUUUGCACAGCCAACCCACCUUCUGCAUGUUUUUCUGUUUGCAUUAUACCGCUGGCGCCAUGCCGACGCCCCCGAGGAGGGCCGCAGACCAACACCGGUCAGUGACCACAUACGUCUCGACCUGACAGUCUCCUUCCCUCCCUCAGACACGACUGAACGUGUCUGUUCGGUACCCGGCCAGGCCGGUAGCAUCUGACACUGUUGGUGUACUACGCCGCUGCACCGCUACCCACAUGCCCGUGGAGAACAUGCCGAAUUCCAAAUUCAUCACAGAUACUGACCGCACAUGACAGGUCGGACCAGGUUCCUAGGACCCGUUUCUGCGCUGCACUCACACGCCGUCCCACCACAGACAGAACCGACGCCAUCCAAAGCUAGGUGUUUGUGUUCAUCCUGGUCAGGGUCGCUGCGGGACAGGAGUCCAGACAGAUAUCACCGCAGGGCAUUUGCUUACUCACAGCUUCCUCACUAGGGGCAGUUUAGAGCAGCCAGUAUACAAUAAAUUGAAGACGAACCCUGUCCGACCCUCCCUCCCUCAGACACGGCUGAACGUGUCUGUUCGGCACCCGGCCAGGCCGGUAGCGCCUGAUUCUGUUGGUGUACUACACCGUGCACCGCUACCCACAUGCCCCUGGAGAACAUGCCGAAUUCCAAAUUCGUCACAGAUACUGACCACACGAGAGGUCGAGCCAGGUUCUCAGCACCCGUUUCUGCGCUGCACCCCCCCUAUCCAAAGCUAGGUGUUCAUCCUGGUCAGGGUCGCUGUGGGACAGGAGUCCAGACAGAUAUCACUGCAGGGCUACAGUCACUCGCUCAUUUGCUCCCUGAGCACUCAGUCUACGCGAACCCUGUACAACCAGCCCUCCCUCAGACACGGCUGAACGUGUCUGUUCGGCACCCGGCCAGGUCGGUAGCACCUCAUUGAGUUGGUGUGCUAGUGCAUUAAACAACACCACUGCACCACCCGAGUGCCCCUUACCUACCCCCGCUCGGGUGGCACAGCGGUCACUUACGCUAACCCUAACCCUACACCCUGCAUCUACAUGGAUUGGCACCCCGUCCAGGGUACUUCUGCCCUUCGUGGAGAGUUCAAGCAACUUUUAGUCUUAGCGGUGCUACCAACCUGGCCAGGCGCUUAACUUCCAGUACACGCAGGACCGGAUUUGGUCCCCCGAGUUAAUUUUGUGCCAUUAUACUGCAUUUAAUUCCAUGAUCAUUAAGUGGGGCAGUUAAAUAAUGGUUAACAUACUGGACUAGAACCCAAAUGGUUGCUGGUUCAAGCCCCACGACUGCCAAGUUGCUGCUGUUGGUAGUUGGGCCCGUGAACAAGGCCCUCAACCCAUCGCAAUUGUACGUCACUUUGGAUGAAUGCGUCUGCUAAAUGCUGCAAAUAAGCAGCGGCCCAGCUAACACGCUAGCUUACCCCCGCAGGCUGUUUAGGCGCUGGAGUUUGCUGCUGUGCCACCUUCCUGGCUGUGUCUGGGAAAUAGCGGGAGGGAUGGUUGCAUGGGGUUUCUUCUGGCUACCGCUAUGUCUGGUGGUGGUGGACAUUCAUAGAGCAUAGUGUGAAUCUCCAAAUGCUGUAUGGCUCUGUGUGAGAAUCUGAGGCUGGUUGGUGAAAAGAAGUGGCUAUUAUCGGACGUCUGCGCCUCUUCCUGACCAGAACGGGGGCGGUGCAGGCAGCAAUCGGGAAUUGGAAACCAAAUUGAGACAGAAAUGGAAUAAUCAAUGGAAUCUCUGGCAGUUUCUGGUGUGACCGGGCCCCUGCAGGACCAGAUUAGGGAAGUACCUACAGGAGUGCCGCCACUGAUCAUGUGACACCGGUAGAAAGCAUAUCAUGAUCCUGAUAUCUAUCACCUCGGCAUAUCGUCCAGCCCUAGCGUGUAGCAUAUAGCAUGUAGCCCGUACGGACGAUUAUACUGGACGUUCACAGGGAGAGGAGAAGCACCAAAACCGAACUUGUACAUGCGCCACAGAAGCGCGGAUGUUUUAUACGACGAAUCUGUUCUAUUUUGAUGAAGAUGAUAAAGACGAUGAUGAUGAUGAUGAUGAUGAAGGACCUGAAGCUCUUGCUGUGUUUGAGCAGAAGAAACGAUAGUAUAUAUUUACAGAUGAUCUAUAAUGAAAAACUGCCUUAAAUAAAAUCAACUAUAUACACA